CCGUCACUUAAACAUAUCAUAAGACCAAACCCCCGGGAAAAAGAGGUUCGAAGAAGAACAGAUCAACUGCUCUCUGCUUCUAACUCCCCUCAUUACCACCAAAACCCUCCAAAAUUAAAUUUAAUAAACCUAUCAAAAAAUCGAAUAUUAACACUAAGCCCCUGAGAUAAAAUUAAACAAAGACGUUACGUUUUUCGCAAUUUUAUACGAUCUCUCUGUACAUGAGCUAAUCGUUCAUGGCUGCCAUGUUACACCAGCCAUGGCCGUUUCCUCUACAAGUAACCAUACUUCUCUUCCUAUGCGUCGUCGUUUUACCGUAUCAUUCCUUUUCACAAUCAGAUUCGCCUCAAAACAUCGAGACUUUCUACCCAACCGCCGAACUCUCCCCGGUUCCUCCGCCGAUAAACCCUUCUACCCCCUCAUCUCCGCCGUCUAAUCAAUCAUCGUCGUCAGAUAGAGGAACGAUCACCAAGGCCGUCCUCAUAACGGCAGCGAGCACCGUAGUUCUCGCUGCAGCGUUCUUCUUCUUCCUCCAGAAAUGCGUCAUCGCGCGGCGAAGGCGACGGAGAGAGAACAGAAUCAACGUCCAGAACACUUUACCUCCGUAUCCUCCGACAACGACGACGGUGGCGGCGACGGAGACUUUGGCUAGAGAAGGUUUCACGCGGUUUGGAGGUGUGAAAGGUCUGAUCCUCGACGAGAACGGCCUCGAUGUGUUGUACUGGAGGAAUCUUCAGAGCCAGAGGCAGAGAAGAAGCGGAAGUUUCCGGAAGGAGAUCGUCGUGGCCGGAGGAGAAGAAGGUGGUAGUGAAGAGAAAGAAGUGAUUUAUUACAAGAACAAGAAGAAGAUGGAGCAGGUCACGGAGGUUCCUCUCCUCAGAGGAAGAUCAUCCACUUCUCACAGUAUAAUCCAUAACGAUUCCUACGAGUUGGAAUCGCCGCCGCCACCACCACCACCGCCGUCAAUUCCGGCGAAGAAAACUGUCCCAGCACCGUCGCCUCCGCCUAAGAAGGGUCCUUCGCCACCGCCACCACCAAUUCCGGUGAAUAAAACUGCACCACCACCGCCGCCUCCGCCGUCGCCACCGCCAACUCCGAUGAAGAAAACUGCACCAGCACCGCCGCCUCCGCGUCCUUCACCUUCGCCGCCACCACCUCCGCCGGUGAAAAAGGCGGCGGCUUUGUCGUCAUCGGGAUCAAGACCACCGCCGGCGCCGAGAGGAUCAAGCGGAGGAGAGAGCUCAAGAGGUGGUGGAAGUGGUCAGGUGAAGCUAAAGCCACUACAUUGGGAUAAAGUGAACCCUGACUCCGAUCACUCUAUGGUGUGGGACAAGAUCGAUCGCGGCUCGUUCAGUUUCGACGGAGAUUUAAUGGAAGCUCUGUUCGGUUACGUCGCUGUCGGAAAGAAAUCGCCAGAACACGACAAACAAAAGUCAAACUCCCCGACCAAAAUAUUCAUCCUCGAUCCAAGAAAGUCUCAGAACUCAGCGAUCGUGCUCAAGUCCCUAGGCAUGACGCGCGAAGAGCUCGUGGAAGCACUCGUCGAAGGACACGACUUCGUACCGGAGACGCUCGAGAGGCUAGCGAGAAUAGCUCCGACGAAAGAGGAGCAAUCAGCGAUCCUCGAGUUCGACGGCGGCGACGCGGGGAAACUCGCAGACGCGGAAGCGUUCCUGUUUCAUCUCCUCAAAGCGGUGCCAACCGCGUUUACGCGGCUAAACGCGUUUCUCUUCAGGGCGAAUUAUUAUCCAGAGAUCGCUCACCACGGCAGAUCGCUCCAAACGCUGGAUUUAGCGUGUAAAGAGCUGAGGUCUCGCGGUUUGUUCGUGAAGCUUUUGGAGGCGAUUCUAAAAGCUGGUAACAGGAUGAACGCGGGAACCGCGAGAGGAAACGCUCAGGCGUUUAAUCUAACCGCGCUUUUGAAACUCUCGGACGUGAAGAGCGUUGAUGGGAAGACGACUCUGCUUAACUUCGUGGUGGAGGAAGUGGUAAGAUCGGAAGGAAAACGCUGCGUUUUGAAUAGAAGGAGCAAUAGCUUAACACGAAGCAACAGUAACAGAAGUAGUAGUAGCAGUAGUAGUAACAACGCUCCUCAAGCCAUGUCUAAAGAAGAGCAAGAGAAAGAGUUCUUGAAGCUUGGUCUACCUAUUGUCGGAGGAUUAAGCUCUGAGUUUUCAAACGUGAAGAAAGCUGCGAGUGUAGAUUACGACACUAUUGUUGCGACUUGCUCGGCUCUUGCGGUAAGAGCGAAAGACGCGAGGAAGGUGAUCGCACAGUGUGAAGGAGGGAGGUUUGUUGAGAAGAUGAUGACGUUUCUUGAUUCAGUAGAGGAAGAAGUGAAGACGGCGAGAGAAGAAGAGAGGAAAGUAAUGGAGCUUGUGAAGCGGACAACGGAGUAUUAUCAAGCAGGAGCUAGUGUUAAAGGAAAGAACCCUCUUCAUCUGUUUGUUAUUGUGAGAGAUUUUCUGGCCAUGGUUGAUAAAGUAUGCUUAGAUAUUAUGAGGAAUGUGCAGAGGAGGAAGGUAACUAGUUCUUCCGAGUCCACUUCCACGCAGAGGAAUGCUGUGAAGUUUCCGGUUUUGCCUCCAAAUUUCAUGUCGGACAGGUCUAGGAGUGACUCCGGUGAAUCGGAUUCUGAUAUGUGAGAAGAGUUCAUAUUUGUUAUUUGUAAAUAAUAGAAUGAUUGAGUUCUUGAUUUUUAUUCAAAGGUAUUGAAUUGUUGAUAGAUUUAUAUGAUAAAGAAUUUUGGUUUAUGACA